AUGUUUGCUGUUGGAUAUCCAAUUGAAGAUGUAGCGCCAACGGCAUCACCAAUGCUGCCACCUGCCGCCACGCCUGCAGGAGCGGCGCCGGAUUGCCUCACGGUGCUGGCGAACAUGUCGGACUGCCUGACUUACGUGCAGGCCGGAAGCACCCAAAAGAAGCCGGAUAAGGGUUGCUGUCCUGAGCUCGCUGGCCUCGUCGACAGCAACCCCAUCUGCCUCUGUCAGCUUCUCAGCAAGCCCGACAGUUAUGGCGUCCAAGUCGACGUCACCAAAGCUCUGAAACUUCCUUCAGUUUGCUCCGUUCAGACUCCUCCCGUUAGCACCUGCGCAGAUCUUGGAUACCCUAUUAGAGGCAUGGCCCCAAGUGAGGCACCAGGAGUAGCUGGUGGUGAUAUGCCGCCGGGAGCUUCACCAUUGGCGUUGGCGUCCGGUAACCAGGAUUCCGGAGGAGCUUAUUCGGAAAAUGCAGUCUCUCUGACUCGGCUAUCAUUUCUUGGUGCUGCUUUUCUCACAACACUUGUGUUCUGA